AUGUAUGCCUAUGUUGAACUCUCGAGCGUACCACGAACAGAUUCGAUUAUUCAAUCGUUAUCAUGGAUGAGCUAUGUGUCCACACCACCUUCGACAUCAAAUGUAACCAAUGAUGAAAAUGAGGAUCCCAAUACGAUUGCCACAAAUAAUAUUCACAAUGUUGAUGACGAUGCCAAUCGUUCAGUAUCAACUCUAUCGUCUCAACAACCGAUGAAUCUCUGUGAUGGAUGGUUAGCAACAGGCAAUACCAAUAAUAUUGUCAGUGUGACUUAUACGUCGAAACGUUCCGAUGACAAUUUAACUAUACCUGAUCGAACGAAUUUUAAUCUUCGUGCACAUCGUACCGAAGUAUGUCUAGUUUCAUGGAAUGUUCCUUUUCAAAAGCUGGCAACAGUCGAUGAAAAAGGUGUAAUAUUUGUUUGGGUCAAACAUGAUAAUCGUUGGUCAUUAGAACUAAUUAAUGACCGUAGUCAUCCGGUUAUUGACAUGGCGUGGUCACAUGAUGGACGUAUGACUGUGAUUUGUUAUGAAGACGGUUUCGUUCUUGUUGGUUCAGUAACUGGUCAACGUUAUUGGUCAACAGUUGUCAAUACUCCACAAGCGAAAAUAUCUGCUGUUACAUGGAUGCCUGAUGUUUCACAUGUUAUUCUUGGAACAACAGCAGGAAAUUUAAUCUUAAUGGAUCAUCAUGGAAAUACAACUGAAGGAUUUUCAUUAUCAACACAAUCAAUAACACAAUUAGUUUACUCAUGCAAUAAGUUCUAUCCCGCAGCACCUGAUAGCAAUGCAAGAAAAUUUGUAAAUGAUGAUUAUGUACUUGCUUGUAGCCUCGCAAAUGGUCAUGUUCUUUUUCUGAAUAAUUACCAAGAUCCAUCACCAAUAUCUGUUGAUACAGAACUACAAAAUACCAAAAUCGAUUGGUCAUCACCUGGUGAAAUUCUCGCGGUUGGCGGCCAUAAACGCGUCAAUGAUUCGACUUAUAUCAAUCAGAUUAUCUUUUAUUCUCGUCGUGGAGAAUUUCUGCAUCGUGUCCAUAUUCCACAACUGACGCAACCAUUAUCAGCUCUAUGCUGGGCGCAUGGCAAUGAUAUUAUCUUUGCUGCAUGUGGUUCAUAUGUUUAUACAAUCUGGAUAACUCAUAAAUCUCUCCCGUCCAUGUUAACAUUAUGUCAGAUGAAAAUCAAAGAAUGUUUAUUACAUAAUAGCUUACAAAAUCUCGAUAAACUAUAUCUGCCAAAUAAUCUGAAGCAUAACCUUCAGAAUUCCUUUCGUUCGAUAAUCAAAGGAUUUUUACCGGACCAAAGAUUUCUGCGUUCGUUCGUUUGUAAUCCAUUGAAAUCACAUCUGCGCCUACAAUGCACAAUGAAACGUGUCGAUAAUGAAACGGAAAAUUCAUCGUCAAUGCCAACAACACCUAAUCUAUCAGGAGCAACUUAUGUUUUGUAUCUAGAAUAUCUUGGUGGACUUAUUCCAUUGUUAACUGCUAAACGUGUCUCGAAGAUUUGUCCCGAUUUCAUCAUAUUCGAUCCUCAAAUGAAAUCUAAUCAAGUCUCGUUGUCGUCUUCAUCAAAGAUACGUUCACAGAAGAAACAUUUUUCAUCGUUGAAAUCACGUUCAAGUACGUUCCACAAGAUGAAUUCUGUUCAACAAUCAACGAAAUUGCUGAAUACCAAUCGUUCGAGUUUGAUUCCGAAUCGAAAUUCGAUUUACGCUGUGGAAAAUGGCAUCAAUCAAACGGGAGAUGAUUUGUUAACAAAUAAAUCAAGUUCUGGAUGCAGUUCAGAAAAUGAUUCCGAUUUAGAAGAUGAUGAUGAUGAUGACGACGACGACGAUGACAAACAAACUAAUCUUCAAGAAAAACGCUCGAGAAAGAAAUCCAAAGUUGUCAAACAUAAACACAAUAACAAGUUGUGUACAAUAGCAGCGAAUAUAUGGGGAACGAGAUUUAAAUUCUAUGGAAAUUCACCAUUUCUACCAGAAAUUCUUGGUAGUGUUACGUAUAAAACAUCGUUUUUACAUUUACAACCUCGACAAAUGACGGUGACUGUUGCAAAUAACUACAAUCUACGCAAACCAGUGCUCUCCUAUAAAAAGAGCAAAAAAGACAAACUUCUAAAGCCGAUGAUUCGAAAGACCAAACAGCAAAUACGUAGUAAGAUCCAUGAAGAAGAAGAUGAUGAAACGAUGAUCGCUCUUUCGUCGUCGAAACUAAACAUUGCUGGCAACAUCCCCAUUGCACCUAUGUCUCCUCAACUACAAAAUGUUCGUUCAUCUUUACCAUCAUCAUCGCCACAUCCACGUUCAUCGUCUUUACAUGAAACAAAAUAUUCCACUCAACCGAAAAUCUCUACGCAAGCAUCUCCAAAUUCCAAUCAUCUUCUACAACGUACUUCUAUUACCACAACGACUAUGAUCAACCAUCGAAAUCGACCAAUCAACAUCGAUUCAUCAGCGGCGAAUUCGUCUUCAACUUCGCCCAUUAAUCUAAGCCGUUCAACAUCUCCCGCUGCUUCCAUAGCAAACUUUAUUCGUCCUAUAUCUCCUCCAUGUAUACAAGUGAAAGAACCUCUAUCACCGAAAUUUUCACGAACAUCGUCCAACAAUAUGACGAAUCAUUCCGCAUAUUCUCGCCAUCAGUCACCACCUAUACUUGUUCCUUCGAUUGCAAACAAUGUCGAUGCAUCCACCGCGAGUGCUACCACAACACUGUUAAUCGACGAUUCAUCCGGUUAUGAUAGUAGCGAAAAUCAAACGAAUCGCGCCACUAAUCCACUUGCUUCAAACGCUCCUGUCACAUCGAUAAUUUCGACUGUGCCAGAGAGCUGUUUCGAACCUGAAACAUAUCGAAAUCUAUAUCCAUUUAAUAGUAAUCAGCAAAAGAAGCUAAGUCUAAGUGAUCCAACACUGAAUCAAACAACGAAACUUUCGCGACAAUCACAGCAAACAACAGAUGCAAUGGUGGCAGCAGCAAAUUCACACUUAUCUGCAUCGUCUUUACAAAGAGAAAUCUCCAAUGAAAAUGAAGAAGUCCACACAGAUGAAGAGAUAGUUCAUUUAAAUUCUUGUGAAGAAAAUCUAACAAAAGAAAAGCGAACAUCUAGUCGAAAUGAUUCUCGAAAGAGAUAUUCAAGUCCUCGACAUCGUAUGAUGACAUGUACGAGUGGAACGAACGAUUCCUUAACGCGAUUAUCUCCAUCUCCUGAACUAGAUCAACUAAUCAAUCGUUCAGACCAGCCUAACGAUUCAUCAUUUUAUGUCAUGCAGAAUCGACCACCCUUAUGGAAUGAACAAUCCCAAGUAUACCAGUUAGAUUUCGGUGGACGUGUAACGCUCGAAUCAGCGAAAAAUUUUCAAAUUGAAUUUAAGGGAAAACAGGUUAUUCAAUUCGGUCGGAUUGAAAAUAAUUGUUAUACACUCGAUUUCGAAUGGCCCUUUUCUCCACUGCAAGCAUUUGCUGUUGCCCUUGCGAACAUUACUCAACGGCUAAAAUAA